GUCCUGGUCCGGGCUUCUUCGCGGCAAUAUUGCUCGCUCGAUCACAGCUGGCAUCGUGUAAAACGCUUUCGUCCUUUCGUUACAGGUUAAACGACACUUGCAAAAAAUACCAAUUUACCAGCAAUACAUGUGCAUUCGGCAAUCGGUCGUGGAUUUCGUGGUAAAAAUUCGCGAUUUAAUCGAAAUACCUCGGUGCCCAUAUUGCAGCGUGGUCCCGGUGAUCCAGUGAAAUUAUAAGGGUACCCUAAACAGUGAAAGUAGCGAACCAAUUAAUUAUAUACCAAAGACGGUGAUUGUCCUGGCCGGUUUCUUUUUUUCACGAGAAAUGGUCCACAGCGUUUGGACUAUACGUGUCGUCAAAAAUCGAUAAUCGGUGUACCGAUUAAAUUUACAUUUUGGCGGGAAUUUUUUUCUCAUUGUUACCUUUUUCUCCUUUUAUUUUUCUUUCUUUCUUUUUUUUUUUUUUUCCUUCUUCCUUUUUUCCCUUUAAAUUGGAUACUCGAGAAUUUUUGUUCUAGUGUAAGUUUUAUCGAAAAGUGUAACGGGGAAGUAUCGUUUCCUGGAUUAGAAGUGAUCAUCAAUCUGUAAACACGUUGUGAAAUCUUUGAUAUAAUCGUGACGCGGUAGCUGGACCAGAACAGAGGAGGCUGAGGAUGCCAGAGGCGGAAGCAAAAACGUAGAAAUCGCGUCGCACCGGCUACGAGGAUCCGAUUGAUCGAGAUCACGCGCAUCCGCAGGCUCUGAAUAGCGAUGCGGUUGCAUUCCACGGCAACGAUAGUUCCGCAUAAUCAUUGACACUCUGCAAGAUGCGAAACGAGGUAGGAGAAUGGCUGCCCACCUGCGUAGGUUCACCGAUAUGCAUCCUCCUGUUAUCUUGGUCCCUUCUCAUCUAUCAGAACCAGCCGUCCUCGGCGAAGAGAAAGAUCGACGUGUUCACGGUGGCCAUCCUAUCCCAGAGUCUGGUCCACCAGCUCGGCCUGCUCUUCUACGCCAUAUUGACCCUCAUUCGGCCGAGUAAUCACUUCGGAGAAUUUUGCUCGACCCUUGUCUGGACGCUGAACUCGUCCAGCAUCCUGCAGGAGUUGACCCUGACCUCGAUCGCGAUUUUCACCGCGAUCGACGCGGGAGAGGAAGGUGCGAACCUCACGAAGAACCACCUCAAGUAUCAUCUGGUGAGCCUGAGCGUGAUCAGCGCGUGCGUCGGGUUCACGGGUGUCCUCAACUUCGAGCCGGAACUGUGCGUCUUCUUGGCCCAAGAGAUCUCACCCAAAUACGGGAUAUUCGUCAACUCUCUUCGAUGCCUGCUGAUCGCCGCAACAGCGAUAAGCCUGCUCGUGGCUUUGGUAAGGCGUUUCUGUCGCCCGCCAAAAUCCGAGCUGCUCAAGUCGGUGUCGGAUCUCUCCGAGACCAGCUCGAAGAACUCGUCGGGUGCCUUCGAAUGCCAUCCCCAGCAUUGGGAUCCGUCGAGCGGCUCCUGCACCAGCGGUUCCACAAACAGCAGGGCCUGUUUGAGGAAGAAGAGGGUGCAGAUCGACGAGACCAGUGGGAGACCGACGACCUACAGUAUACUAUUCGUCUGUUACGUGUUUCAAUAUCUUCCAAUUUUGGUGAUAUCCAUCGAGCCGAGAUUCCUAAGGGAUUUCUGCACGCCCCAGAAUCUGGCCACUUGGCUUCCGCUGGUAAAGGACACCCUGUUGCCAGUGUUUCUCGCGCUGUUCGACAAAAUGUUCUGCCGUUACGUGGCCAAGGUCUACACGAAGCAGGAUCACGCGAGGAGAUUGUCUCACGGCGGAAUCGACGGCAAGUUUCGUCACUUCGAGCACGAGGCCGAGUACAAACUGCAAUUGAACCUGAACCACGGACUCAAGUUCCCCUUGACUAACGGAAGCCUCUACGGCCGGUUGCACAAUCACCAGAACAGAGGGAAGAGCGGUGUGCAACAGCAUUACCCGAGAAUACGAUCCCUGGACGAGGAGAAUAAUUACGCUUCACUCCCCGCAGAACUCUCCUCGUUCGCCUGUUCGAGCCUGGAGCCGCGGCAAGAGGCGGGCACAGUCGAGGGGACGCCGGCGAGGAAGGGCACCGUGGACAGAUCGAACGUUCGGCCUCGGCCGAACGAGAGCUCGUUCCAAGAGUUGGCCGGUACCCGGCGAAAGAUCGGCAGCACGGACGUGUUCGGCCAGAAUAUGGAGAAUCUGGUCCAAUUGGACGACCCUUGCGCGAAACGAAAGUUCGCCAAGAGUCUGGACGAGAUCAGGGAAGAGCCUUCGAGGAGGCACGCGAGGAGCGUGCUAGGUUUGGAGCAUUUGAUCGUUGGAUCGGAUGAGAAUCCGGCUGAGGAGGAGGGGGGGCCACGUUGCCCCGGGAGAACAGCUCUUCGAAGGAAUCAGAGCUUCGAUCACGCCAGAUGCCAAUCGGUGUACCACCGACCGAUGCUCGACUCGAGAACGUACGAGAACUCGAAGAUGAAGCAGGAUCAGAGUAGGAAGGAGCAGGAGAAGGUGCAAAGGAAGGAGGCGGAGGAGGAGGAGGAGGAGGAGGAGGAGGAGGGAGAUGGAUACGAGACCUCCGACGACGAGAGCUGCGACCUCGAGAACGGGGAUUUCGACACGAUGAGCUCGUGCAGGAGUCGUAGCAGGAGCUGUUGUUCCGUCACCACCGUGGCAAACGAUGAUUUCGAAUACUUUCAACGUAAGGGAACUAAGGUGGAGUUGCUGCCCUCGAAGAGAAGCGGCGAGGUAAAGGUCAACAUGCGAUCUUUCACGCCGAGGAUCAUCGAGAGCGGGGCGGAGGAGGUGGACACGAAGCCGAGCGUACAGUCGUAUCACUUGAAGAGGACGAGAAUAGGGAACGGUUACUCGAUGAACGAUCUUGACAAGUUGACCGUGGACCGGAAACGGCCCAAUCUUUCGAUCGAGAGCUUGAAGAGCACCCUGAGGAACACGGACGUCAGUUAUCUGGACAACGGGGACAUAUGCAGGCACGAUAUCGGAGGAUCCGUGCCGGAUUUUAAGAAAAUCUUCGUCACGGAAUUUAUAUAGAUAGAAUUUUCGAAAAUCGAUUAUUUUUUCGAGAUUCAAGAGGGGAUAAUUGUUUGACAGGAAAAAAAGGAUCGUACAAAGUGUUCACUGUAAUAUAAGAUAUUUUUCUUUUAAGAAGCUAAGAUAUAUUUUGUAUAGAAGAAGAAGAAGAAGAAGAAGAAAAAGUCAUUUCUGAAACGACGCAUAGAAUUUUUGGUACAAGAGCAACAUGGAAAGACUGUGCAAUGUGUUCUUUCGAAUAAAAUUCGUCUUUUUUCUUUUCUCUUCUCUAGGAAAAUAUGAACUGAUUGUAUGGAUUUACAAAUUGGUUUGACGAAAUACAGAGUUUUUUUUUUUCUUUCUUUCUUUAUAUAUAUAUAUAUAUAUAUAUACAAGCGGAUCGUUAAGGCUGAAAAGAAGUUUCUUCGUUUCAAAGAAAGCAAGAGAGAACCCUCGGGGAGAAAUCGCGAGGUAAUCUCCUGCAGUUCCUGAGCACAACCUAAGAUCUAGAAAAUUAUAUAACAGCUACACACGGAAGUAGUCGAAUUGGAAAGUUCGCAAAGAAUGCAAUAAGUUUGGUCAAACGAGUUGUUAAUUAAUUCGAUUCCUCGACUUCUCUCGUUCGAUCCAUUUUUACCAGCUUCGAGAUGCGAGAAAAAUUUUUUUUCUUAUCUUAGAAUCUUUGCACAAACGAAUCGGCGAACGAAAUUGCAUCGAUGGAAAAUUCGUUUAAAAAAAAAAGAAAAAGAAAGAAAAGGCAACACGUUACGGGAGAAUAGAUACGGGAGAAGGAAAGAAAAUCCGAAAAAAACCGGUUUUAAAAAACCGGCACGAUAAUAUAAUAAUAAUAAUAAUAAUAAUAAUAUAUCGCGUCAUCCGUUCAUAAAUCGACGUAACCACACUCGUGGGAUCGAAAAUUGCGACAAGGCUAAGUUUUACGUUACAUUCUUGCGAUAUGUAUUAGACGAGGUUUAAACAGAGAUGCGAACAAUGUAAAAUAUAUACGUAUACGAAAUGUAUGAUUGCAUCGAUCGUGAAAUUCCGCAAACGAUACAUUUUAUCGCGUCUACGAUUAUCGCGCGUGGAGAUCGUAUUGUAUAUAUCUUGUACAUUUAUGCGUAUGUGUGUACGGUAUUAUUUAAUUCGUUAAAUAUAUAUACAAUAUAUGCGUA